AAGAGACGGGGAGGGAAGAGCAACGUGAGAGAGAGAGAGAGAGAUGAGACAGAGAUCUGAUCUGUUGGUGUUAUACAGCCACAGUCAGACAUUAAGCGUGAAGAGGGCAGUCUAGGCACAAACAAAGGUCUAUUUGGGAUAGUGAAGACCGCUUCAUACACAUUGGCAAUCUGACCUGUGCAUAUCAGUGUUAAACCAAAACGUGAGGAUCACCUGAAAUCACCCAUUGCCCCAGUGACAAGGUGCAAAAAUGCAUCUAGGCCAGCAAAACCCUGUGGUGGAUGGCCUAUCCUUAAAAGAAUUGGGGGACAGUGUGUUGGUGGAGAUAGAGCCAAGAAGGAAAGGACUGCCGUUUCUCAAACAUGUGGAGUACCGUAUUGUUAGCAAGUGUUUCCAGAUCCCAGUUCAGCGUAGGUACAGUGAUUUUGAGGUGUUUCAUGGUCUGCUGCUGCAAAAGUUCAUCUACAGGAUGGUCCCAUCUCUGCCCCCCAAACGCAUCCUUAAAGGCGUUUUGAACUCAAUGUCAGACCGAGAGUUUAAUGAUAGCCGCCGCCGUGGUCUACAAAGGUUCAUGACCUUGGUGAUUAGACAUCCAGUCCUAGCAGGAGAUGAGCUGGUCAACAUCUUUCUGUCGGCAAGCAGCGCAGAUGUUCAAAACAUGUUGCGUGAUGCAUAUAAAAAGACAGGUGAUGAGUUUCUGACUUCCCAGAUGGCCUUGCAUGGCAAGGUCUACCUGCCUGAUGAUAUACACACCCAGGCUGCCACUAAUCGAGAGGUCAUUGCAAGUAUCCACAACAGUUUCAAUAAACUCAGAGAUGUGGCUGAGCGGAUGGCUCAGCGUUCACGGGAGAACUCAUCCGAUCUCCUCAUGUUUGGCAAAGACCUGAGUGAACUGGGCUCGGACACAUCAGACCUACCAAUGACUGCUACAAUGAGCAAAGCAUGGAAAACACAGAGGAAGUCACUCGUAGAGCUGUCAGGAGAAUUUGGUCUUCUCGCCGACAAAGCUGCACACCAGGGCAGCAGAGAGGAGGAUGAGGUGGUGGAGAAACUGAACCUUCUCCUUGAGCAGCUGCAGUCAUAUAAAGACUUGUGUAACCGUCAUGACAGUGGUGUGUUGUUAGAGCAUCAGAGAGCAUUUGAAAAGCGCAGCGGGCCUGUGGCUACACACUUAAAGUACCAGAACAGCACUGAGCAGCCAGAGUCUCGGCUUUCACAGCAGGAGAACACAAUUAUCACCAUGGAGAUGAGGAGCUAUUUCUCCCUUUUGUGUCUGCAUCAAGAAACCCAGCUGGUCUUCACCUAUCUGCCGCUUGUGACUUCAAUACUGGGGACUUUUGUCCACUCACAAAUACAAGGACACAAAGAGAUGGGUGAUGUGUGGGGUGACCUUCAUCCAAAAUUGAAGGAUCUGUUUGAGAGCGCUAAUGAAGCCUCCUCUCGCUCUUCUUCUCAAACACACACCUCUAGAGGACAGAAGACCUGUCCCGUCAUUGGCCCUACAUAACCAGGACAGCAAAUAUGAGGGAGAUUCCCAGCCUUUUCUCGAAUACCCAAGAACUCAGCGUAUUUCUUCAUGCCAUGUGUUUUCCUUCUUUUGACUGUAUAUGCUUUAAUACCUUUCUUCAUGACUUUUCUAGAUAUGUAAAUACAGAGAACAUAGUGGCCCCAAAACAUAUUUGAACACGUAAAGCACAACUAAACAUUGCGUUAGAUAUAACUGUAUGCUAAUGAUGCAAUCAAAACUAACAUUUUUGUUAACUAUUUUUGCACAUACUUUUAGUCAAGAUUAUUAUACUCUAGUUAACUAAUAUAAAACAGCAUUUUCUUUACCUAAAAUAAAAUAAACCAUAAUAAAUAUAUAAAAAUAAAAUUUAAAAAGUCUUAAAUUUAUUUUAACCUACUUCCCAAGGCAACAUUUCUCAUUUUCAUUUAGUUUAUCUGUGAAAAAAUCACUAAAAUUAUACAGACAUAUUUAAAAUGACAGAAAUACACAACAAUAUAACUAAAAAAUAGAAAAUAUAAAAACUUAUUCAAAAUAUGAAUAAAAACUAUAAUAGUAAUACUGCUUUAAACCAACUGGUCCAAGCAAUAUUUAUCAACCAGAACAUGUCAAAAUACUCAAAAUACAACAAAUUUUGUGGGCUUGUGCUAUCUUUAUUAAAUUAAAUAAAUAAACUUUGUUUGAUUUCUUAAAACAAUGAUAUUCAGACAUUUGCUCCUAAGUGUCCAAAUACAUUUUAAGGCCACUGAAUAUCAAAAAAUAUAUAUUUAUUUAAAAAAAAAUGUCAUAGAAAGACACCCUUUGAGACAACAUAAUUUUUGUUUUUUCAUUUAAUUCUCAUUUAUUUUCCUAUUCUUUUUAAUAUGUUUUGAUGCAGUAUUAUGUGGUUACAUAUUCAAAUAAAUAAU